CCCGCCCGCUCGGCGCGGGAAGCGGAAGCGGCGCGGCCUGGCGCGGCGGCGGAAGCCGUUCCGCCUUUCCGGAGCGCGGCGUGCUCGGAGCCAUGAGCGUCCCGGCCUUCAUCGACAUCACCGAGGAGGAUCAGGCUGCAGAACUGCGAGCUUACCUGAAAUCCAAAGGAGCAGAAAUCUCUGAAGAAAACGCUGAAGGCGGACUUCAUGUGGACUUGGCACAGAUUAUUGAAGUGUGUGAUGUGUGCCUGAAAGAGGAUGACAAAGAUGUGGAGAGUGUGAUGAACAGCGUUGUCUCUCUGCUUCUUAUCCUGGAACCUGACAAACAAGAAGCACUGAUUGAAAAUCUAUGUGAGAAGUUAGUAAAGUUUCGAGAAGGAGAGCGCCCAUCUCUUAGACUGCAGCUCCUGAGCAAUCUCUUCCAUGGCAUGGACAAGAACACUCCUGUGAGGUACACAGUGUACUGCAGCCUUCUCAAAGUGGCCUCGUCCUGUGGUGCCAUCCAGUACAUUCCAACUGAACUAGAUCAGGUCCGAAAAUGGAUUUCUGACUGGAAUCUGGCUACAGAGAAAAAGCACACUCUCCUGAGACUGCUAUAUGAUGUCCUAGUAGACUGCAAGAAAAGUGACACUGCAGCAAAAGUAAUGGUGGAGCUAUUGGGAAGUUACACAGAGGACAAUGCUUCCCAGGCUAGAGUUGAUGCUCACAGAUGUAUUGUACGAGCAUUGAAGGAUCCAAAUACCUUUCUUUUUGAUCAUCUUCUUGCCUUAAAACCAGUUAAAUUUUUGGAAGGAGAACUUAUUCAUGAUCUUUUGACAAUUUUUGUAAGUGCUAAACUAGCGUCCUAUGUCAAGUUUUAUCAGAACAACAAAGACUUCAUUGACUCCCUGGGCUUGUUGCAUGAACACAAUAUGGCCAAGAUGAGGCUCCUUACUUUCAUGGGAAUGGCUGUAGAGAAUAAAGAAAUCUCAUUUGACACAAUGCAGCAGGAACUCCAGAUAGGGGCUGAUGAUGUGGAAGCAUUUGUCAUUGAUGCUGUAAAAACAAAGAUGGUGUACUGCAAAAUAGAUCAGACACAAAGGAAAGUCAUUGUCAGUCACAGCACACAUCGGACUUUUGGAAAGCAGCAGUGGCAGCAAUUGUAUGACACUCUAAACACCUGGAAACAAAAUUUGAAUCAAGUGAAAAACAGUCUCCUCAGUCUCUCAGACACAUAAGAUUUUUUUUUUGACCUGGUAAUAUUGCUAUAGAUGAACUUUAUUCAAUACUUUGAUAAUUUGUGACUGUUUCCAAAAAAAAGUAUGCAAUUGACUUAAAGAAGCUAAAUAUUUUAAAUUGAAACACCAAAAAAAAAAAAAGAGGCAAUAAAACUAACAUGGGAAAAGGUCUUCUGUUGAUUUUCUUACAUAAUCAGCAACAGGAAACUGAUGAUAUUGGUUAUGUUUCUUUUUGUUCAUUUUACAGUAUGGAGGUCUUUCUUUGCAAGAGGUGUGGGGAGAAAGGGAGGGAGGUCAGAAAAAAAAAUAGUGCAAGUAUUUUUAAGUAAGAGAAAAAUUCCCUUAGACCCAAGGGGGAAGAAAUGUGACCCAAUAGAAGUGAAGCUUCAUAAAGCCAGAUCUGCUGCCUUAUCGCUGUAAUUAUGCCUGAUCCUUCACUAUUGAAAGACCUCACUGAAACAGAAACUACAACAGAUAGAUUUAAAUAAUUUGGCGGUAAAGGUGAACAGAAGUUUUUUCUGUUCUUCUGCUGCUUAGAACUGCUGGAAGUAGUUGUAAAUAUUUGCAGAACCCAUUGUAUUCUGAAAGAGUUUAGAGGUGAUUUUGCCUGAAAACUGAGUGACCAGUCUGUCAGAGAAAAUGAAUUGAACUAUUUCAGCCAAAACUUCUGAGGAGCAGGAGAAGGAUACUGUUAAGUAAUUAUUCAAUUUUACUAAACAUAUAUAAAAACAUUAACUUAAGAACUUUUAAACUUUGGGCAAAGCAAAUAAUAACUUGAAUUUGAUUGGAGAAGCAGAGCUAACAUUAGGGGUAGGAAUUGCAUACAUUUUGGAACAGAAGAACUGUUAACAUGUUAUAUUAAACAUGAAAGUACACAAACAAACCGUAUUUUGUGGGAAUACCUAUACAAAUCUGGGUUAGGUAAGUGAUCUGUCUAUGCCUAAAGAAUGCUUAUCUCCUGGUGCUUGUCUUCACUGGCCUUCUUCGUAUUUUCUCUUUUUUGCUGAAUGAAGUCUCUCCAAAUUCAGUAAUUUCUCAAUUCCUCCUAUUUGGUUUUGUAUAACGGAGUUCCGAAGAGAGCAGCUGUCCUCACCUUUGAGUGCUUUGUCACUUCUUGCUGGACUGACUGUCAUGUGAGAAGAUUUCUGCUUGUUCUGUAAAGCAGCAAAUCCUUCUUUAACCUGACAGAAUACAAAUCUUAGCAGUUGAUAAUUCACAUACAAAGGUUCAGAUUGUUGGAUUCUGCUGAACAUUAAGCAAGCGAGGAAGUAAAUAAAACAAUUGGAGAAAACACAUUUAAUUUGAAGCAUUUGCAUCGUAUUUAACUUAGAAAAUUUGAUAAUGACAAUUACACUUUUAUAAACCAACCUUAACUAAA